AUGAAGGUUGUUGUUGUUGGUGCCGGCGUCAUCGGCCUGACCACCGCCCUGACCCUCAAGCGCAAGCUCGACUGCGACGUCGUCGUCGUUGCCAAGGAGAUACCUGGCGACGCAGACCCCCUCUACACCUCCACCAAGGCCGGCGCGCAGUGGGCCUGCUACGCGGGCAACAAGCGCGCGGAGUUCUCGUACCGGAUCUUCGACGAGCUCAGCAGAGUUCCAGAGGCCUGGGUCACGAGAGUCCCGGUCUACGUGGGGCAGAUCGACCCAAAGGGGCCUGCCACGGAGCCGGAUCUCAGGUCGUUUGUGGACAACUACGAGUGGAUUGGCGAGGACCAGCGCAAAUUCCCCGGCGUCGGCCACAUCUACCGGUUCGACACCUUCACCAUCUCUCCUGCGCAGUACCUCGCGUACCUGGCGAACGAGCUGCUCAAGCUCGGCGUGGCUAUCCAGCGCCGCGUCGUGCGCAGCUUCGAGGACGUAGCAGCCGACUACAGGCCACACGCUGCUGAUCGAGAACACGCUGCCGUACCAGGUCAUGUUCAAGGAGAGCAGUCCCGUCGAGGAGGGCGAGUUCCUCAUGCUGUUCCCGCGAAAGGAGGGAUGCGCCGUGCUGGGCGGCAUCUACGACGCGCACUCGCCGGCGUUCGACACGUCUGUCCACGCCGACUACGUCGAGCGGCUCCAGACCAAGGCCGCCAAACACCUGCCAGAGCUGCAGGGCGAGAUCCGCAUCCUCAAGCACAACAUCGGGUUCCGGCCGCACAGGGACGGCGGCGUGCGGAUCGAAGUCGACCCGCAGAACCCAAGGCUCGUGCACAAUUACGGCUGCAGCAAUCUGGGCUUCACAGAGAGCUGGGCCUGUGCACAGGAAGUUCUCGACCUCAUUAA